CACCCGCGGGCUGUUACUCAGCAGGCUCCGCACGUCGGUGGAAACGAGCCCGGCUUUUUCUCCCCGUUCUCGAGGAAGCGGCUAUGACUGUGAUGCUCAAGGACGAGCCCGGGCCUCCCACUGCCCCCUCCCUCGGCAGCACACACAAACUUACCUAAGCUCUUAUCUUCACGGGCUCUGCCCGAGCAGCUUUUGGUUGGCUGGAGGCUGGAGCGAUGCCGGGUCCCCCUCCCCGCUCUCCCGCCUCCCACCCGAUAUAAAGCGCGGCUCCGCGCCGCUGUCGCAGCCGCCAGCACACGACCGCGGGGCAGGUGGUGCCGCAGCCGCCGUCGCAGCCCGCCGCCAGCCCCGCCAGGAGCCGAUGAGCUGCUGGAUGCCCGGGCGCCCGGCUCUCAGCAUGUGCCGCGGCUUGGCCGCGCUGCCCGUCGCUUGCCUGGAGAGAGCCAAGGAUCUGAAGAGCCGCUUGGGCAUCCUGCUUCAUAAACCCGAGCUGGGACACAAGAUCGGGAGCUCCAGCAAGCUGCAGCUGGGCUCUAGGCGCAGAGACUCCUCCCGAGAGGUGCUGGAGUGGAGGGAGUCCUUUGACCAACUCCUCAAGAGCAAAAGUGGGGUAAACGCCUUCCACACCUUCCUGAAGACUGAAUUCAGCGAGGAGAACCUCGACUUCUGGCUGGCAUGCGAGGACUUCAAAAAGACCCGGUCGAAAACCAAGCUGGCCUCCAAAGCCAACAGGAUCUUCGAGGAGUUUGUCCAAAGUGAGGCGCCCAGGGAGGUGAAUAUCGACCACGAAACCAGGGAGAUCACCCGCAAGAACCUCUCGGGGGCCACCUCCGCCUGCUUCAACGAGGCCCAGGCCAAGACCCGCACGCUGAUGGAGAAGGACUCCUACCCCCGCUUCCUGAAAUCCGCCUCCUACCAGGACAUGACCAAGCAGGCCGCCAGCCGCGGCACCAGCAAGCGGUCGCACACCUGACCCGAGCCCCGGCGCGCCGCGGGGGGACGAGCCGGGGGGCCAGGCACCGGGUGGGACGUGGUUUGCCGGGGCCGAGGCCCGUGUGGCGGCGUUUCGGCCGAAGUUCUGGGAUUUUAGCAGGAUCCCCAGCACCUCGAGCCGGAGCCGGCGUUCCUCCCUCUCCGGGUGGGAGCCCGGAGCCUCCCCUCGCAGCUCGGCCGGAGAUUUGCGCCGCUGCAGAGGCGGAAAGAAAUGGGGUUUGAGCUGGGAGCCCGGGGAAGAGGGACGGGAUUCCCCUGAGCAUCCGCAGCCGAAGAGCUCCCACCUGCUCUCUCUGACCGGGGGAAUCAGCCCCGGCUGCGGGGCCGGCGCAGGAGACCGCCGCUCCCGCUCGCAGGGAACGGAUAAAAGCCCCGAGACUGCCUGGCAUUUUCAGCUGGAGGGAUCCUGCGCCUGCCUUCUCCCGAUCCCGAGACCCUCCGGCUGUGUCCUGUGCAUGCUCUGCAUCGAAGCUUUCCACCUCCUUCCAGUGCAGUGACCUUUUUAUCCCUCGCUUGAGCUCCACGACCUUCAGAUUGCGCCUAAUCAUAGGUCACGUGCGCGACCUUUUAUUCCUAUUAUUGUUAUUUAUUUUAUUUUACGGUCGUUGUUAUUAUUAUAUCUGUAUUUAUUAGAGGAGCACUGCUGAAAGCACACGCGCAUGUCCCUCGCUCUGAGGAGCUUGUAAAUGAAAUUAUUUCAGCUGUUGUAGCACUUAGCAUGCCUCCCACCUUUUCUGUGUAAUGAUUUGAGAGGACCAGGCAGAUUUGUAGCACAGUUGUGGAGCGAGGCACACCAAUAACAGCAGGGAGAGCUGCUAGAGGAGCACAGAGGCAGUGCAAGGAUGCUUUGCAGCCCGUGUUGUUGCCUCUCUCCCCUCAAAGAUGUGGAAGGCAUCUCAGCACACAGCAGCUUGUCCUAGGCAGGGAACAGAGAGGUCAAACGGGCACUUUGGUGAGCAAUCCUAUGGAAAAACUUGAUUUUCACACAUGGGAGAGAACACCUGGGUUUAUAAUCGGGCUUGGUGUUCCCUUGGAUGGUGAAACCAUCUGCAGUCUGCAGCCACAGCACUUUACCAGAAACGCGCGGAGUGAGAGAAGUCGGUGCCGUGAAUUCAGUGACUCGGAGGGGUGGCAGGACACAUCAUCAGCCCAGACCUGAGGGCAGCUCUUCACAAAAUCCCUCUCAGCGGGAAUUUUGGGGUCCUGGAGAGGUGUGGAUCCCACUUGGCAGCAAUGGUGGCAGCAGCUGCCUGGGUGGGUGACGUGGAGCCUGUGCUGGGGUGUCCCAGCUGUUCCCUGCCGAGGGCAGUUUUCCAGGGCUCUGGUUAUCCCUAAAGACCAAACCUGGAGAUCCUUAGCCCUUGCCAAGGGAACUCCCUUUUGCCCCCCUGUGUCAGCAGCAGCCAGAGCACAGCAUCCUUUGGGCUUUUCCCAGCUGCUCGAGCAGAGCAAGGGACCAAGGACCAGUUUGGGGGUGUUACUCCGAGUCCUCUUCCACCACCCCCAUCCUGGUCCCAUUUCUGGGCCUCUGGCUGUGUUUACGGGGAGAUAUCAGCUGCUUUCUUAUUUAUUAUUUAUUUUUACAACUGGAACCACCCUUGCUGUGUUACUGAGGCGAGCGAUGCACAGUGGUCUGUUCUCAUUUCCGACGUGACGUUGUCAUUACAAAAUAAAACGUAAAGAGAAAAAUACCCUGACAGCAUGGGCUGGGUCUGUUUUUUUGUUUUUUUGUUUUUUUUUGGUUGUGGACUUCCAAUUAAAUUUAACAUUCUAAUUCUGGCUGCUUUGCCAAGCUGCUCAUGUUGGGUGACUCAGGGGGCACUUUCAGCCACUUUAAAAGUGACGAUGUCAAGAGCAGAAAAGGAAGGGGGAAGACUUUUGAAGCACAGACCUUUGUGGUAUUUGGUUUAUCAAAGAAAACCGAACGGCUCAUAGAAAGAAAGAAAGCAGAAGUGAAGUUUUGAAUACAUGAACUGCCAGGGUACUCCUUGUAUUGCUCAUAAUUUCUGAGCCACUUACAGGACUGCAGUUCCCAAUAUCUGCUCAGUAUUAGUAAAACACAAAUGUCCUAAAAUUGGGAGGAUGCGAUUUUUUUUUUUUUUCCCCCAGGAAAAAAACCCUGUUUUUCGGGUCGCUGUCGUAAAUAAUACUUGAGUUUUGCCAGUGAUACACCUGAUGGUUGAAUUCAUUGACAAGGGGGAAACUCUGGUAUCACAGGGGUUAUUAGAAAACAUCCUGUUCCUGUGCAGAGCGAGUUCCCUGGAAUUCCCUGGGAGGGAAGGGGAGGGUUGCAUGGAAGGAGCUUUCCAUGGGAGCACCCAGGCCUGCCUGUGGGAACACAUGGAGAGGAGCACCGCAGGGCAGCUCGGAGAAGUGCUCGGAAUAAAAACCCCACCGAAAUGUGGUUUUAUUUCA